AAAUGCUUCGGACAACACAAAGAGGAGCAGAAGAAGUAGUCAGAGUGAAACUAAAAACCAAGGAGGAGCUGAAGCCCUGAGAGCAGCACUCUGCUGUGAAUGAUCAGAAUUCAUCGUUUUGACAACAACGCCCCUUCUUCUCUCCUCAAUCAUUCCCACUCCGGCUUCCUAUCUCCUGCCCCAUCAAUCUUUGAGUGUUUGGAUGCGAAUAUGUCAGCUAAAGGGAUGAGAAUAUCAGUAAGUACAGAGGAGGAACUUGGCAGCAGUAUGGAGAGGAAAGAUGCCGCCGAUGACUUUGGAGAACCUGUGGUCCGUGGUGAGGAAGGUUUUUUGAGUUCAGUUUUGAAAUUGCACAUAUUCAUGGUUGGCAUUUGGGAAAUUGAUGAACUCGGAUGUUUGAUCAUUUGUUGUUUAGUGUACCAAAGGACUUCCGAAUCAACCAUACUGUAUAUACUAAACAUCUUAACUAUUUUUUGUUGCUCUCAAAUUAUUUUUUAUAUAUCAUUUUCUAGGUGA